GAUGCUCGCGAAUGUAAAUGAAUCAGCGCCUGCCUGCAAACCCGCACGCCUACAAUCAAAUCUGGGUCCCUGGUUUGGGGAGAAGAGGAGGAAGAAGAGGAGGAGGAGGUAGAGAAAAAAAAAGGUCUGGGAACCCCGGAGGCACAAACAGGCGCGAGCACGAAUCCAGUUUCAGCAGUGCGCGCUCGCGACGCCCGGACACACACACUCUCUCUAUCUCUCUCUCUCUAUCUUCCAGCCACGGAAUCACUCGCCAGCCCUUUUGUAGAGCGAGAUGCCGCACCUGGUCGCGGGCUUUCCUGCCAACACCAUCUACCUCAGAUGAUCAGCCGUGGCCUGUCUUUGAUUGAGCGAGCGUCCGGGCUGCGUGGGUCUGCAGUGCGAGGCGAUGCUGGCUGGCAGCAUGCUUCCUAACCGAGGAGCAGCAUAGAGGAGGCGGCGGAGAGGAGCAGCGCGCGCAGUCGCAGCGGGCUGUUGCAGCAGGGCGGCAUCAUGGAGGCUGGAUGCGUGGUUGCCGCGGUGAUUGAGAAUGCUGCCUCAGGACCCCGGGGAGAACCAGGAAGUAGUGACGUCCUUGAGGGCAACCCGACCCCACCUACUGACCUCGACAAAAACGAUGCCUUACCUCAAGCUACCAACAUUAAUCCUCCAGAGGAGAAGCAGUCACAGGAGACAUCCACUGCUGUGGUGAAGAGCGAUGACAUCACAGAACACCAAGCCGAGCCCCUCCUGCGCUCCUGCGUCAGCACGGCGAGUAUGAAGGUCAAGAACAUGAAAAAGCUAACGUUCCCCAGAGGUCACUUCCCCAGAUUGGCAGAGUGUGCCCAUUUCCACUAUGAGACUGUCGAUUUUGGCAACGUUCAGUUGGCCUUGGCAGAGGGGCAAAGCGAAGGACCGAAGCCCGGUCUGGACUCCAAAGAACUCGUCUUUCUCGUCCAGAUCACUUGCCAGGCUCGAAACUGGCUGGUGAAAAGAUCCUACGAGGAUUUCCGAGUGCUGGACAAACACCUGCACCUGUGUAUCUACGACCGCCGUUACUCCCAACUCACCGAACUGCCACGCUGCGAUACCUUAAAGGACACCGUCGAGUCAACCACCGCAAUGCUGACUAACUACCUAACUCGCUUCUCUGCCAUCGCGGACAACAAAAUCAACUGUGGUCCUGUGUUAACAUGGAUGGAGAUCGACAACAAGGGCAACCAUCUGCUGGUUUCUGAAGAAGCUUCGAUCAACGUCCCCGCCAUCGCCGCCGCCCACGUCACCAAACGGUACACGGCUCAGGCCACGGACGAGUUAACCUUCGAGGUCGGGGAUAUUGUGUCUGUCAUCGACAUGCCGCCCAAAGAAGACACAGGCUGGUGGAGAGGGAAGCACGGCUUUCAGGUCGGGUUCUUCCCCUGCGACUGCGUGGAGCUGAUAAACGAGAAGAUCCCACCCAGCGUUCAGAACUCGGUGCCAAAGCCAGGUACUGGUCGCUGCGCGUUGGCACGUGGCGAGUUUUCAAAGACUUGCUCACCAGGAUCUGAGUCAGAGUCCGUUUUAACGUGGCUCCCUUGUGUGUGUUUUCCUGCGCAUUCAGUGUGCAAGAAGCACGGGAAGCUGGUGACCUUCCUGAGGUCGUUCAUGAAGUCUCGGCCGCCGCCGCAAAAGCUGCGGCAGCGCGGGAUCCUGAGGGAGCGAGUGUUUGGCUGCGACCUGGGGGAGCAUCUCCACAACUCAGGACACGAUGUCCCACAGGUCGUUAAAAGUUGUGCAGAGUUCAUCGAGAAGAUCGGCGUCGUGGACGGGAUCUACAGACUCUCAGGGAUUUCCUCCAACAUCCAGAAACUGAGGCACGAGUUUGACUCUGAGCAGAUCCCAGACCUGAGCCGAGAGCUUUUCAGACAAGACAUCCACUCUGUGGGCUCCCUGUGCAAGCUUUACUUCAGGGAGCUGCCCAACCCGCUGCUCACCUACCAGCUCUACGACCGGUUCUCGGAAGCUGUGUCUGCAGCCACAGAUGAGGAGAGGCUGGUAAAAAUCCACAAUGUCAUCCAGCAGCUGCCGCCUCCUCAUUACAGGACGCUGGAGUACCUCAUGAGGCACCUUUCCCGCCUGGCCACCUUCAGUUCUGUCACCAACAUGCACACUAAAAACCUGGCCAUCGUCUGGGCGCCGAACCUCCUCAGGUCCAGACAGAUUGAGUCGGCCUGCUUUAGUGGCACAGCGGCCUUCAUGGAGGUGCGGAUCCAGUCGGUGGUGGUGGAGUUCAUCCUCAACAACACAGAGUCCCUUUUCAGCACAAAGUUGAACUCGAUUUUAAGAGAAAGCACUGGUAACAACACCUUAUCAAGACCAAAGUCUCUGAUGGUUUGCUCCCCGUCCACAAAGCUGCUGUCUUUAGAGGAGGCCCAGGCUCGGACUCAGACGCAGCUCGGAUCUCCAGCCACAACCCCCUGCCUCACCCACAGCGACUACAUCGAGGUCGGGGAGGGGCCCGAAGCUCUGCUGGGCAAAUUUCACACUGUCAUCGAACUGCCAAUGGAGAGUGGCAAGCGGCCUCUAGUGAAGUCGAAGAAGUCUCCGGUGGGGAACUGGCUGUCCUUUUUCCACCUGGGCAAGUCCCACUCCGUGUCCAAGCGUAAACUAAAGCGACACCCCAGUGAACCAAAUGAGAUAAAGAGCAUAGCACUGCCAGGAGGACGAGGAGAUAGCGGCACACUGCGGUCCACUAAAAGCGAAGAAUCUCUUACUUCUUUGCAAAAUUUAGGAGGAGGACCUCCGAGUUACCGUCCCCUCAGACCUCGGUCGACCAGCGAAGCGGUUUCUGCCGUCAGCAGGGACGACCUGCGCAACUCCAGAAACAAAAAUGACCGCCGAGCUCACCAGCUGAACGACAGUAAACGCAGCGCCGACCGAGGCCGCGCAGCCGCUUCCCCUCACCACUCGGAGGACGACCUCGACCUUUCCCCGCCGGCUGCCGGCAUCUCGACCUUAGACUUCGACCCCAUGUCUUUCCAGUGCAGCCAGACUCCCGCGAUGCAACACGGCAGCAGGUGGAAGAAGAGUGCAGGGUGCUCCAACGAAUUCGAGCCCGUGUCCUCCCAGAACAACGUCGGCUGCUCGCGCUCUCCGGAGGACAGCCCGGUUCUGUGCAAAAGUGGAAAAAAAGUCGCCUUGAAGCACCUCUCGCCCAAAGUGAGGAAGAAAUCAUUAAAAAUGCUGGCAGAUAUUCAGACUCCCGUGCCUUCUUCUUCUCCCAACGUGGACAAGUGCGAGGCUUCGGCAGCCGAUGGGAAACAGCUGUUGUUUCAGCACAGCAGCCCCAUCAACACGGCGAGUCAGGCAUCCGGCGUGACGGACCUCAGUCAGUCUGCCCAGAACCUCCCUGAUCCAGGAACAGAUAGACUUAUGAGUUCAGUCUCUGUUCUCCCUCCUCACCCUCCCUCGAUGAGUGCUGCGCGCAAGUUGGCUUUGGCCCUGGCGGAAUCUGCCCAGAAGGCCAGCAACGCGUCCCAAAGAAGAAGCCACGCACAUGACUACAGACCGCAGCGACCCUCCGUUCUCGAUGUGAAAGUCCAUCCUCAGGAGUGCCGCGGCCCUCACGUCACCCCGGGUUCCCAGAGGCAAGCGGCUGUGGAGGCCCACCGCUGCCCUCACUCUGGCCAGUUCUCGCCUUCGCACCUCUACCCAGAGCCGCUGCAGGUUGCCGACAGUCAGGAGAGUGUGUGCAAUUUCACUCCUAACGUCAGCCCGCUUGGGUCGGGGAGUUUGGAGGAAGGCAGCGCUGAAGGGAGGGAGCACAGAGAGGAAGGAGAGUCGGAGGUCAGACAGGAACAACACACUUACCAGAGUGUUGGAGUCUCGACGCCCUGCCAGCCUAUUGGCUCAGCAAGGAGCCCACCGGCCUCUCCUGUGUAUGCAAACAUGGACUCUGUGGAUGCUUUUAAUUUCAGAUCCGUCCUGGCGGAGUCUUCGAUGCCUGCCUCUAUUGAAGAGGUCUUCCCACGACAAUUCCAGACAUCUUCGGCCCAACCCUACAGCCCAGAGGAGGAAAGGCCUCCUGGCAUGCUUGAGGAUGUCUUCAGUAAUCAUCAUCAUCAUCAUCAUCAUCAUCAGCAGCAGCACCAUCACCGGCCGAUUCAUUCAAGUCAAACACCUACGCCUCACUACCCUCGGCCGGGCGCUCUGCCGCCGCACCUCUCUGCGCAUAAAGGUCUGUACAGGCAGUCAUCGGAGAGCCGCUACAGCUCUCUAGGUUUAAGACAACCUCUGUCACCUCAGUACAGGCGCUACCAGGGCGACUUCCAGAGGCAGCAGGGGCAAUGGCAGAGCUCCGAGGACAGGGCAGUGAGAAACCUGGCCAUCCGGCGGGCACACUCUUUUCAUUCCCCACAGAUCAGUCAUCAUGAGCUGGCAAACACAGAAAUCCUGCCCGUUGACUCCAUGCUUUAUGUGGAGCAGAAACUGAGCCCUGAAGUGCCAUAUCAAGAGCGAAUCCAGGCUGGCCUGAAAUCUGUACGGACGCAGUUUGAGAACGUACACCCAGAACACCACUAUGGCCCCUAUUCCGACUCAAGUUCGAGAGAUCCAAGAUCUCGUUAUUUCAUAGAUCCACACCGGCAAAGUGGCAUCCAUCGCCAUCAGACCUACACAGUCCACUCCACUAAGGAAGGUGAUCAAUCAGAUUACUACAACUACUCUCCACGCCACGCCUCUCCUGUGAAUAGGGAGCUUUACAUAGAGAGCAGAGACACUGUGGUUUACGAGGCUAGAGAUGCAGAGGUGUUUGAAAGGGUUGUGUAUCAACCAGUUCAGCAAGAGAGACACAAAAGCACGUACCACUCCGUGUCUCCCUGUGAGACUCCAGACUCACUAAGGGACAUAAUACACACAAGGAGUAAGUCAGACCCUGGAAACGCCAACCUCCUCUCUGCCCACAGCGUGGACAGCCAAAUGGCCGUAGCCACUUCACCAACCACCCCAAGAAUAAGGUCUCAGCAAGCAUACCCCGAGGUGUCCAGGCAAAGCUAUGGCCAACGGUCUGGCGCGGAAUUUGGGCCAAUGAGACGGAUUCAUAUCAAAGAGGGUUACUUGAGGCAGCCACUCCUCCGCAAAGUCCCCUCGUUGCCAGAACGAGGCUGCCCCAACCUGAAAAGCAUCGAGCACACUCACCGAUGCCAAACGAGAGGCUUUGAACAGAAUCCAUCAGUGCUGGCUGGCGCCGCGAAACCCAGCAUCCUGAGAAGACCAGUUCGCUCGCAGAGCACCAGAGAACAUCGUCACUACUAUCAUUACCACUCCAAAUCUCCCCUGGAUCCUGAACAUCUGGAACCCUUCCCUGCUCACCUCAGCAGACGGACUCAGAGCACUAAAGUCAAGCCCACACACUACGACCACAUGGAGGGGUAUUACGCCGCGCCAAGAUCGAAAUCCACCCGAUCCAGCAAAGCAGCAGCUGGAUAUUUACCUGCUCAGAGCUGCAUGUCUCCGCACGGACAGAGACUCCUGUCCAAGGUCUUGGGUCACGAGGCUUUUUAUCACCCCGCUCUUAGAUCAGAAGCUGGGGUCUAAGAGUGAUCUUAAACCACUGCUUUUAUAUUUGAUUCCAUGUUGGGGCCAAAGGACUCCUGCACUUUAUCCUCAGCCAGACCAACAGACCACUUUUUGUUUUUAAUCUUUACGAGCUGCUAAAAGAAGUGUGAAGCGAGGCUGAUGGGGAGGACUUGUGCUGUUGGUACGUUUUGUUACAUUAGCUUCCAGAAAAGUUUAACGGGAACAAACUGAUUGUUUUAACAUUUAACAUUUGGAAAUAGAUGUAAGAAGCAUGUUUGAAAAUAAAAGUAUAUAUGUUUCGACUACAUAACAAGGGAUAACAAGGUAAAUUCAUGUGAUUUAAUAACAUGAUUUUUAAGGAACGUGUAUAAAAUAACUUUAAAAAAAAAAGUAAUAUACUUACAAAUGUGGACAAAUAUAUUGGCACCCCUGAUAAAGAUGUGGAAAAAAUGCCUAGAAAACAAAUAUAAAUUUUAUUGCAGAAGCAUAAUAUUACUCUACAAUACUAACCUUUAAUUAGGCCACAUACACAAUGUUCAAAAAAAUCACUGUUGAGAGGGUGACACCACAGCAGAACACUGAAUUUCACACUCUUGAUCCCCGUACACCAGAAACAAAACACAGACAAUUUAGUUUCCACAAAAUCCCAUUCCGUUUCCUAAUAUUUUGAAACACACAUUUUAUUAACUUUGUUAGAAAGGCAACAUUGCGAGAGCACCUUAAAGAACUGCAGCCAAGAGGUCUGUCUUGGAGUCACCAAGUCUGGACAAAAGCCACUGGAAACUAUGUAAAUACUGAUUUGUUCGUCGAAGGGAGCCUACAAGGAAAAAGCUUAUUCAUGUAAACCCAAGGAGUAGUCUAAAAUGUACUCUGACUUUUACUGAAGAUAUAUCUAUUGGUGAGAUAUAAUCUCACCAAUAGAAACAAGCUAGCAUGAAACAAGCUAAGCUUGCUUGUUUUAUAAAAAACAAGCUACGUUAGCUUGUUUCAUGCUAGCCAACAAGUAAGCUAGGCUAGCAGGAAAGAAAACAUGAACAAAAUAAAAGUAAAAAAACUGACCUUGAGACAAACAAAAGACAAAUAGAAAGCAGUGCACAUCUGUGAAAAAUACUGUGAUACUUUUAAAAUGAGAAAUUCUCAAAACUAUUGAGUACAGAUGAAGAAUGUACUCAAAUGGAUUUCUCAAAAAAAAUUCAGCUUGAUUAUAUGCUGCUGCCGUAAAAUCACCUUUAGCAGGGGUACCAACACGUUUGGCCGGCACUGUAUAGGAGUAACACACGUCUAAUGUGGCCAAUGUACUGUACAUUUUUUGUUUUCUAUCCGACAGUCUGCUCAGACUUCAACAAGCACUUUUCAGGAUAACUGUGUAUGAAACACAUUGUCUUAACAUGGUAUAGAUGGAGAUAUAAAGCUUAUAUUUUUUCUGUAAGAAACAGCUUGCUCAGAGUCAUUGUUUAAUGCUAAACGGCACUUUUCGGGGGGCAAAAAUCGAAAGAAAACUUCACGGUUUCUAAUUCUUCAGGGGUCGCUCACACAAGCUCUUCUUGUUUAAUGCUAUCUAAAAGCAGUGGGUGCUGUAUGAUUUCUGUUCAAGUCAAAGCUACCGUGGCUAAAUAUGCUGGAUUUAAGGCAAGUCAGCUCAUGCUCUUAGAUACAUAUAUAUAUAUAUAUAUAAAAACUGCAUUUUAUAUGGCAUUGUGAUUUUUGUCAUAAAAUUAAGAAGAAAAAAAAAUCCUUCCUCUUUACAAACUUUUAACAAUGUGGUGUUUUACAUGGAAACAUGUUUUAUUCAGUUUGUCAUAAGUUUUACUCAAGAUGCUAUAUCAGUUUAAAACAUGUAAAUGAGGACAUCCUGUUAAGACAUGUUACAACAAGUUAUUUUAGUGACAAAUAAAAAAAUAAAAAAAUAAAGAUAUAUUGUCAGU